AGAUGGCAUGCUGUGGUGUGAGCGAGCGACCAGGGCGAUUGUUCUUUGCAUGCUGGAGAUUCAAACAACAAAUUCUCCUUCAGUUAUGUACAACUGCACCAGCUUUUCUGCGUCAGGCAAGUCUGGAUUUACUUUUAACAAGCUUAGCUGAUUGUGUCCACAGUUUUGCCGUUGAAUUCAUUGACACUACCACCUUUCAGAGCAAGUACAGGAUCAAAUCCCGAAACGCAAAUCGAGUACACCAGCUGACCAUUGCAGAAAUUCCCUAAAAGAGUUAUUUCCACACUACAACCAGCUGUGUCCUUCAGUUGAAGGGGGGGUUCUUUUCUGGGUUUCCAUACCAAUGUUUUCCUCGUCAUUGUGAGAUAAGGGUUAACUGACGUAACAAUAUAAGCUGGUAUUUCAAAAGUAGCACACUCAUACGCUUUUUACAAGAGCCAACGGGAAGAGGGUUACAUUGCACAAGCCAACGAGAAGUGGGUUUCCUCCCUGCGAUCAUAUUUGCGAAAUUCCGAAAAAAAUUUAAUACGGAGUAAAAAAAAUCGAGAAUAUUUGACAUAUGUAUAUUUGGCAGUAUUGGAUCUGUAAUGAUCUCCUGCCUUAUUUCUAGGACAGGCUUCUUACCAUCCAAGUCUCCUACUUUAUAAACUGACCGACAGGCUCAAUAUGGACACGUACCGCGUUGCAUCAUUUCUCAUACUCUGUCAUACCUCAAGCAGCGACCGGCAGGGAGCCAUGAAUCGGGACAAGGGCAAGGCCUGCGCCUCCACCACGCCGGCGGAGGUGAGCGGCGGCGCAUGGGAGGUGCCGGGGUACGUCGUGGUGAUGACGGACGAGCAGGUGGAGGUGCUCCGGAAGCAGAUCUCAAUCUACGCAACCAUCUGCGAGCAGCUCCUCGAGAUGCACCACGCGCUCACCGCGCACCAGGGCUCCAUUGCAGGCGUGAGGUCCGGUGGUAAUCUGUACCGUGAUCCUCCGGUGAUUCAUGGAGAUAAGAAGUUCACCGCGAGGCAGCGAUGGCAGCCGACCCAGAUGCAGCUGCAUAUCCUCGAGAGCAUUUUCGGCCAAGGAAAUGGGGCGCUACCAGGCAGGCAGAAGAUACAAGACAUCACGGCGGAGCUCUCGCAGCACGGCCAGGUCGCGGAGACCAAUGUCUACAACUGGUUUCAGAACCGACGUGCGCGUGCCAAGCGCAAUCUGAAGCGCAAGCAGGCAGCAUCGCCGCUAAAUAACGGUGAAUCUGAAGCUCAGGCACGCAGCUCCUCUAACUAGACCAUGAUGGCGCACGGAUGUUGCUGGGACAUCUAUUUUAGACUUGGAUAAACCGAUUAUUUGUUCUUCACCGCAGGAUUUAGUCAUAUAAGAUAGAGGUUCCGAGAAAUAUCAAGGAUUUA